AUGGUUGACAUGGCAAACGAAAUCGAAGAUGAUCUUUUCAUAAAUAUUGUCGAAGAAUUAGAUGAAGAUGACAAUGUUUUAGACUAUCGCUUGGAAGAGAUCAAACCCAAUGAUAUUGGAAAUGACCUUGCCUCGCAUGAAAAAGAUGGUGAUCUGAGUGAUUCAAAAAAGGAAACUGGUAAACUAUCAUAUAAAAAGGGGUUUUUGAAUAAUUAUGACCAAGAUAAAAAAAAUCCAGUGACGGGUAAAUUCGGAGAUGUUGAUAUAAUUGAAGACUAUUCUUCAACUGGUGACGAAUUGAAUGAUUUACUCGAAGACAUGUGUAUCGACAACAGAAGCAGCAAGAAAAAGAAUGUUAAAGAAAGUCCGAUUAAAACUAAAGAAACCAGUACCAUUACAAAAGAAAAUGAAAGUGUUGAUCAAACUAAAAUGUCUAAGGAAGUUGUCAAUAAAGUUCAAAAGACUGAAGAGAAGAUAGAUAAGCCUAUUAAUGAGGUUGCAAACCAAGAAAGCCAACCGCAAGUCAAGUCCGCAUCUAUUGAUAAGUUUCAAAAAGUGAAGCAAAAGAAGGCAUCUUCCUUAUUCAUUCCAAGUAAAAGAAGACGACCAAAGAGAGUUUCUAAAAAGAUAGAUGAUUCCUCUAGCUCUAAGACCAUGAAUAGUAGCCCACCAACCCCUGUUGCCUCCAAAAAUGAGACCAAUUCAUCAAUUCCAAUCAUCUCUAAGGAGAAGCAUCAUUCUGACAUACAAAUUUUACCAGUUGAUUCACUACCAAAGACGAUCUCCAAUAAUUUAAAUAAACCAACUCUGAAGAUUCCCGAGGACAGCAGCAGCGUAGCGGAAACUUCAGAAUUACCAGAAGGAGAAAGGACACAGGAACCAGAGUCUUUACUGAUUGCCGAGAAUAAUACACAACCAGAAAAUUUCAGACCACAAAUUGCAAGAGAGGAUAUGCUUGAGCUUGAAUUAAUUUCGGAAGCCUUUGUAGACGAGGACGAUGAAAUCGAUGAGAAGGACGAAAAUGGGGAACAACUAAUAGACGAUAGAUUUUAUGACGAGGAAGAACUCUACCAGCGUGUUUUCCCAUGGAUAAGGAGAGAGGAAAUGGAAGUAACUGAAAGUGACAAGGAUGAAAGUAUGAGUAUAAAUGGGGUGGAUCUUGGUGAAGAUGAGGAUAACGAUGAUGACGAAGACUUUAUUUUAGAGAGGCCAAUCAUUUCUGAAAGUGUGUUGAAUGAAGUGAAAGGAAAACUUGCAUAUGAAAUUGAUAAUGAAAUAAUGGAAACUGUGAGCCCAGAUGAAAUUAGGAACGUAGAAUACGUCGAGUCUUUCAAAGACUCUACUUCAUCUAAUGAGAUAUUGAAACCAAUCUUGAAAGAAGAGAAGGUUGACACAACAAUUAUUGUCGAAAUCGAAGAAAACAAAACUAAGAGAAAGGCUAAGAAGUCUGUUAAAUUUUCUGAAACCGCAGAAGUUAAAGAAAUAGAACCAGUCUCAAAAGAGAUCCAACAGAAGCUCGAAUUAGAUAAAUUAUAUAAGGAUGUAUUUGGUGGCGAAUAUGAGCUGAUGCAAAAACAGAUAACCGAAAACUUGGCGCAAUUUGGCAAAAAAUCACCUAUUUCUGUUGAUUUACCAGAUCACCUUAAAAGCGAGAAUUCUGAAGCCGGGGAAGAAGAGCAAGAAGAGGAGAUUUCUUUCAAUGAUAUUGUUUCAAACACAAUUGUGGAGAACCAGGUCAUCGAAGACACUUUUGUUUCUGAAGAUGCUAAAUCUUUUGAAAAUAAACCUAUUUCUGGGGCUCAUGCUAACAGUUUGUCAGAUAUGGAUUAUCUUACCAAGGAAAACACUAGAAGGAACAGAAAAAAUAGAGUUUCUAGGUUCAAACAAUUUACAAUGAACAACGAGCAUAUGUGA